AGAAGCAGAAGAAAACACUUGCUUAUUGUAUAGAAUUGGAGGAAAGAACCAUUCUCACCACUCUCCUUCUCCUCAGCCCCUCCCGAUCUGCUGGUCGGAAGCCCUUGAUAGAUCUGCAAAACCCCAAAUCUUAGAUCUUUCGAUCAAUAGCUGGCAGCCGAGUUUGGUAGAGUGAUUUUAUUUUCUAUUCCGAAUUGCAACCUGCUACAGAUUUAUGGUUGCAAUCGGGAGGUAGGGCUCUUGGAAAGAUUCUGAAUCCUUGUUUUAGUUUAACAACGGAUCGCUGCGGCGGAAGAGAUGCCUGUUGCAGCAUCUGCUAUAUAUUUCCUUAAUCUUCGAGGUGAUGUCCUCAUCAAUCGCCUCUACCGUGACGAUGUCGGGGGAAACAUGGUGGAUGCAUUCCGAAUGCACAUAAUGCAGACAAAAGAACUAGGCAUAUGUCCUGUUCGGCAAAUUGGAGGUUGCUCUUUCUUUUACAUGAGAAUCAGUAAUGUUUACAUUGUGAUUGUUGUGAGCAGCAACGCUAAUGUUGCUUGUGCUUUCAAAUUUGUUGUUGAGGCUGUUGCACUGUUCAAGUCUUACUUUGGUGGGGCUUUUGAUGAAGAUGCUAUACGGAACAACUUUGUUCUAAUAUAUGAGCUUCUUGAUGAGAUCAUGGACUUUGGUUAUCCCCAGAAUCUUUCGCCUGAAAUUUUGAAGCUCUAUAUCACUCAGGAAGGAGUUCGUUCACCAUUCUCAUCAAAGCCCUCGGACAAGCCAGUUCCAAAUGCAACCUUACAAGUUACGGGUGCUGUUGGUUGGAGGCGUGAGGGUCUUGUGUAUAAGAAAAAUGAGGUUUUCUUGGAUAUUGUGGAAAGUGUCAACCUCCUUAUGUCUUCUAAAGGUAGUGUGCUCCGUUGUGAUGUGACUGGGAAGAUUCUCAUGAAAUGCUUCCUUUCGGGUAUGCCUGAUUUGAAACUGGGCUUAAAUGACAAAAUUGGUCUGGAAAAGGAAUCACAGCUUAAAUCCAGGCCUAUGAAAAGUGGAAAGACAAUAGAGCUUGACGAUGUCACAUUUCAUCAAUGUGUGAACCUGACAAGGUUUAACUCGGAAAAGACGGUCAGUUUUGUGCCACCUGAUGGAGAAUUUGAACUUAUGAAGUACCGGAUUACUGAAGGUGUGAAUCUUCCAUUUCGAGUGUUGCCAACAAUCAAGGAAUUGGGCAGGACCCGGUUGGAAGUAAAUGUGAAGGUUAAGAGCGUUUUUGGUGCAAAGAUGUUUGCACUUGGAGUAGUUGUCAAGGUUCCAGUUCCAAAGCAAACCGCCAAGACAAGCUUUCAAGUAACAUCAGGCCGAGCAAAAUACAAUGCCUCUGUUGAUUGUUUGGUCUGGAAGAUAAGAAAAUUUCCUGGACAAACAGAAGCAACCAUGAGUGCAGAGGUUGAACUUAUUUCUACAAUGACGGAGAAAAAACCUUGGACCAGGCCUCCAAUCCAGAUGGAAUUUCAGGUUCCCAUGUUCACUGCAUCAGGCUUGCGUGUUAGAUUUCUAAAGGUUUGGGAAAAGAGUGGAUACAAUACAGUCGAAUGGGUUCGGUACAUCACAAAGGCUGGAUCUUAUGAAAUCAGAUGUUAAGAGGAUAUCAGAAUGCAAUGGUGAGGCACUGAAUAACAUGAAAUAUUCUCUUAUAUGUAUUCUUUUGCAGCAGAAUCGGCAGCACACCAGCGUUAGAUUAGCACUGUAACUUUCCCCACAGGUUAGCUGAACUUCACCUGCUAUUUUGAUUUUUGAAUUUAUUUUGUUAUUAUAGUGACGUUUGAUUGUACUAUUUUUUAAAAUAUUUUUUUUCUUAAAACGUUCUUAUGUUUAGAUGAUGAACACAUUAGUUGGAACCUGAUUUGUAAAUGCAAAAAAUUCUAUUGUUUGUGGUAUCAAUAGUGAUUUGUUGGCUGUAA